AGAGAACACUGUACCGAGUAAGUCCUCGAAAGAAAUGUCAUCGACUGCGUGCAGUGAGAAUAAGUGAGGAAGACAGAGUAUUCACUUUUUGCAGCGUCCGCGAUAGUACAAGAAUACAAAUAUCGGUUCAUCGCUAUCGGCUCAGACGAGGAGAUAGUAACAACAUGCGACAAUGAAGAGACUCAACGAAUUUCUCGCGACUUGCGUCGUAUUGCAAUACUUUUGCCAUGUGUGCACUACACAUUUGCUCAUAAACGUCAAAAAUCAGGGUGGUGAUAUUCUUUUAGAAACAAUCUCAUCUAAUGUUACGGAAGAUUCGAUUACUCUAGAAUUCCAACGUUCCGAUGGCACGCUAGUCACACAACUCAUUGAUUUUAAAAAUGAAGUUCAAGUUAUAAAAGCUUUAGUACUCGGUGAAGAGGAACGCGGACAAAAUCAAUAUCAAGUCAUGUGUUUUGUGAAUCAUUUUUAUAAAGUAGAUUUUAUAUCAUCUGACGCAAUGUCUAAACUGCGUCAGAAAAAUCCAGGCACUGUACGUGUAGCAGAAGAAGACAGAGGUCAUGUCAAUUAUACAAUGGACUUAUUUCUGGAUGUAUCUCAAUCUAAAGAGAUCUCUAAGCAUGUUGCUACACUUUGCACGGAAGCAGCUGGAUCAACUUAUACUAGGAAUGAUGAUAUAAAACAGUGGAUUCAAAGACCAGGUUCUUCAGAAGAGUUACUCAUGGCAGCUGUAUAUAACUUUACAACUGUGUCACAAUCAGGCACAAAUGACACAAGAUCACUAUUGGUCUCCAAAUGCGCUGACACAUCAAAUCUCUGGGCAUCUUGCACAUGUUCUUUGGAGUUAUGUAUUGGUUGGUAUCCGUGUGGUCUAAAAUUCUGCAAAGGAAAGUCUGAUGGCAAGAAAAUAGCUAGCACUUAUCGAUGUGGUAUAAAAACCUGUAAGAAAUGUUUUAUAUUUUCAUAUUAUUCUAAAAUGAAACAGAAUUGCUUGUGGGAUGAAUGACAUAUAAGGACACUGUAGAUUGAAAUUUUUAAUAUGAAUUGAAAAUAUUAAUGCAUGCACUAUAAUAGAAAAGAAACUGGAAAAGAGAAUAAGAGAAUUAUGUCAGGAACAAAUGAAACACAAAAAAGUUCUCGAGAAUAUUAUAAGUAGUUAGAAUAUCAAACAAUUUGGAGAAGAACAAACUAAGACUUCUAAUAUUCCAUUAUUACAUAUAUAUAAUGUGAAUUUAUGUAUAUAUUAAUAAUUUUUUGUAUUUUUUUCCAUGGCAGAAAUACGAACUAAUUUUAAUUUCUAACAAUUUUCUUUGCAAAAAAUAAUUUGAAUAUAAAAAAUCAUUGUUAUAUAUUUUUUUUAAUUUUAGAUUAUAUAAUUAUUAUUAAAACCAAAGCAAAUCAAGCAAAAAUAUUUUUGCAUUAGAUUUAUAUACUGGGUCUCUGGGAAAAAAUGUAUAACAAUAAAUAUAUAAGUCAUAUUCUGAAAGAAUUUGUGGUAAGAAGAUACAAAAUAAUUUUUAUUGUAUCUUUUCUCUGAUGGAAGUUAUGUCAAAUACAUAAUUUAUAUAAUUUAUAUAUGAUUUAUAUAAUUUAUAUAAUUAUGUAGAUAUAUAUUUUACUGUAAGAAUGGAUAUUUGUAACAUUUUUCCAUAUUCACAAGAAUGGAUAUUUUUUCACUUAAAUGUAUCGGAAUUUUGGUGUUCAAUACAUUCCAAGAUUUGUAAUAAAAUAUGUUAAUAUGUUAUUUCUAAUUCUACUUUUGUAGAAUUAAUCUUUCUCUAUAGAAAAUUUAGAAAAUGCAAAUAAUAUCCACAGAUAGAGAUAUAUACAUAGAACAUUGUUUCCUGUGAUCAAUCACUAUAUAUUCCAAAAGAUUUCUAUAAAUAUGUUUUUAUUUUCAUUAAAUUUAUUUAACACACAUUCCCGAUAAUUGUUAUUUAUACCUACGACAAGAGUGAUGCCAUUCCAGUAAUAAUAUCUAAUUUCGAUUUGCACAUCUAGAAUAUUCUCCAUAUUAUUCUCUAUAUAUGUUACAAAUAAUCCAUUCAAAAAUUUAGAAAUAUUUUAUUUAAUUUCUUGAACAAACAGAAAUAUGAACAUAAUUUAUACGUAGAGUUUUAUAUGCAUGAUUUGUAAAGCUGCCAUUUAUACAUUGUACAUGUGUACAUUAUAAGUUCUAAUUGUGUAGAUAUUAUAUGCAGGCACAUAUGCAGAGACAUACAAAUAACGAUAAAACGUAAAUAUCUAACAGGUCUGAUCUAAGAAUGUACAUAUAAAUUCUUGUAUUAAUAGUUGAAAUAAUUGUACAGUCAAUAUAAGAUUUGCAGCAUUGUAUGUAUGUGUAUAUGCAAGACUUUAUAAGAAUAUUAUUAAAUCAUACUUUAAUAUUAAUAUUAAUUGAUACUUUGAAUAUCAACAAUCUGUAACAAAUGUCUUUGCCUGUUUGAAUGAGAGAUUAUUUAAUGAAUCAUUGUGAAUAAGACUGCAAAAUCUGUCCAUUUAAUGUUUAAUGGUUAAACUAUUAUGCUCUCUAAGCAUAAAAAUCUAUACAUUGUAUACAUUGCAUUUAUAAUAAGAAAGAAAUUAUUCAAAUACGGGAGAAUACAAUGUGAGAAUACAAUUAUGUAUACUUACGCUUGAAAUCCGACAUUUGCGAAACAUUUAUAAUAAAUAUCUAGCGGUAUUUGGUGUCAUUUAGUUACACAGCAUUUAUGAUGAUGCAAAAAUAGAAGACGCAAAAGUGUAAUAAAUCAAAACAUUUAUGACACAUUAUAUUGAUAACAGAGCUGGGAUUAGGCAAAUAAGAUUCUAAUAAUCGAAUUUAUUACUAAUCAAUUUAAAAAGUUAUUAAGUGACAAAGUAAUGAUUAAAAAAUGUUACAUAAUUUUCAGAUAAAGAAACAACUUUUAAAAAACUAUAACUUCAAAUGAAAAAACCUUUGUUAAUAAAACAUUCAUUUUUCAUUUCUUUGUUUAGAUUAUUAAAAUCUCAAUUCUGCUAUGGAUGCUUGAUAAUUUGCAUUAGAUAACAUUGGCAUCAUUUAUAUAUACCAUAAAUAUUGCAAUAGUAAAGCAACAUGUAAACAUCGCACAAUUUUGUUAAAUAGAUAUGUAAAUCAAUGGGGAUUAAUACAUAAAACAUGUAAGUACAGAAUAAAUUUGUGAAUA